GGCACGGGUCAAAACAAAGACGCAGGCGCCUUCUAUUUACGUUAGAUCGGAACUUUACAUCCCGCAGUGAACUUGAAAACGAAGUCGAAAGUCGUUCAAAAUUGAUCUCUUUUUCAAUAAAGAAGCCUUAAUUCUAAGUUGUUUUUAGUAGUCUUCCUGAGAAGAAGACCAACCUCUGUAGGCGGCCGAUGAAAAGGCAAGGCAAAUUAAACUUAUAUACGCCGAAGCUAUAGUCAUUGAAUCUAAAAUCAUUUUGGUCUUCAAAGGGACAAGAAACAUCAUGGGAUAUCAAACUGGAAACUAUUCAAAUUACUCCUUACAAACUAAUACAUCUGAAGAAUACAGUUUUAUCAAGGAUGAUCAAGUGGCCGAACUAGAAUGGUUUUGGCCACUACUAUGGACCAUUGCAAGCAUAACGACAGUUGACAACUUUAUCGUGAUAUUUUUGGUAAUUUCCAGGAAGAAAUUGCACACUAAUACUAACUGGUUUAUACUAUCGUUGUCUUGCGCAGAUUUUAUAAUCGGUUGUGUUGCUGCGCCUAUGGAUUACGUAGUGUUCAAAGUUUUACCAGAGAACGAGCUUUCUGAUGUUGUCCUAUUUUUAGAGAACAUGCUUUUUGAUAUAUCGGCUGUUAAUCUAUGUUUGGUAGCCUUUGAUAGGUACCUUGCAGUUGUUUAUCCAUUGAAGUAUGUGACUUUUCUAACUCACCGUCGAGUUUGUGGACUGAUCGUUUUGGCUUGGUUGGUUCCUGCAUUGUUUUUUGUCGGUCAAAUUCUCGUCUUGUUUACCAGUAAAACUUAUCUUAGCCAAGAAAUCUCUUCCUCAGUCCUUGUGGUGUUGUUUCAGAUACUGCCAAUGAUAUACCUCUUGGUUACCUUCAUUCAUAUAGCAUACAUCGUACGAAAACACCUUAGAAAGAUCAACAAGGAGAACGAGCAGAUAAAAUUCAACCGGACGAUACCUAGAACCGCGCUGCGUCAAACUACUCGAUAUCGAUCAAUUCUCGCGCUCAUGGCUGCGGUUAAUGGGACAUUUGUACUCUGCUGUGGAAUCAGCGUGUACGAUUUCUUCUGUCGAAAGUUAUCUUUGGUUAUACCACCCCAGUACAUCGCUAUGAACAUGAUUUUACUCAACUUUAAUUCGGUAGUAAACCCCAUCAUGUAUGGCAUACUAAAAAGCGACUUCCAGCGAGAGAUGAAACGCCUUGUUGUUUGUUUAGAGUGUAGGAGGCCGGUUAGAAAUAGCCAGAUGGUGAGCAUCGGGCUGACCAAUGUUAACAGCUUACGAAAUGAUGGCCUAAAGGAAGGGUGAGAUUCAAAUAUCAUUAAAGGUCGCACAUUCUUUGUAUUACCAAUUACUGCAGUAGGCGGUCUAAUAGGCCCUUUGCAGUUAACGGUCACGUGUCUGUA